AUGAACGAAAAUAAUCAUAUAGAAAAUACAACAUCGUCCAUAACAGAAGCUCAAGUUCAAAAAGAACAAGAGAGUCAAAUGAAGAAAAAGAAAUGUCGUGGUGAUCGAAAAAGACAACGUUAUCGACGACAACUAUAUAAUAAAGGCUUGGACUCAACUACAGUGGAAAAACUAAUUAAGGAAAAAUUUCCUUCUCAAGGGCAACAGCCGCAACAACAACGGGAUAAAAUGACAUUCAAAAACCGUGAUCGACAAAAUAUUGAAGUUUCUCUUCCACUGGAUCGAAUCACAACGUCACAAAUACAGUCUAUUAAUGAUGAUGAUAGUAUGGCAAUGGGAAUGAAAAGAAAAAGAAUGUUGUUAACACCAACACCAACAACAGAAGCAAUUACAAUACUUGAUAAACCAAUAAGUCAAUUAUUAAUAUCACAAGGAGAUGCUAAGAAGACCAAAACAACAUCAAUUGCUGAAACAACAUCGGGAAUUGAUAAGCAUUUUAGUCAAUUAUCAAUAUCACAUAACAAUAUUAAGGAGACUAAAAUAACAACAAACGCAACAACAUUAAUACAAGAUAAAGUGAGGAAUGUUAAUCAUGAAUCAUCAAAGGAUUAUUUAGAACGUUUUAAACCACGUUAUCUAAAAGUAUCUCAUCGAAUAUUUAAACGAAUGUUAGCGGAUUCUAUUGAAAAUGGUUUCAAAUUAGUUGAAUCUUUGAAUACGCCUGAAAAAAUUCAUACUGUUUGUGAAAUAACUGAAAUUACAAAUAAUUUAUAUUAUAAAGAUUUUCAAGAAAAAUUAUGGCUAGAAUACUAUAUUAUAAGUUCUCAAUACAAGAAUUGGGAGUCGAAAGUAACAAAACAAUUUGCUCGUCAAAAUAAUAUAUGUCGGAUGUAUAGACCUAAAAAAACUUAUAUUCAAGAACGUCAAGCAACAAUUGCAAAGCAAAAAGAACUAAUAGGAAAUCAAUUACAAGAGGGUUUAACAAAAUUAUUAAAUGAUAUAGAACACUGGCAACCAUCCAUUGAUGGAAAUUUAUUAUCACAUGCAAUUAAUGAAUGUGUUCAACAUAGUCAAAAACGAUUAAAAGAACAAUUUCAAUAUAAAAAAGAAAUGUUAAAAUUAGAUUGGAAUGAUGAUCAUCUACUUAUGAAAUUUUAUGAAUUAAAACCCAAUGAAGAAUUAAUUCAAUUAGCACAACAAAUAUGGCAAAUAACAUCUGACGAACAGAAAACAAAAGAACAACAAGAAAUACUUCGACAACGCAUUUAUUUAAAACGAUUACCAACCAAAACAGAUCAAAUGAUAAAUGAAUUACUUAAUGAUAAUAAAAUAACACUUUCUAAUCCAUUUCUUGAUGCAGAUCAACGAGUCAGUUUUGCAUCACGUUGUUCAAAAACAAUUAUACAAUGCAAGUUUAACUUAAUGAUUUUAGAAUUGGAUGAAUUUGCGAUUGUUACACAUCGUUAUGAUCUAACAUUAACUAAUUUAAAAGAAAAAUUAUUCAAUCUACAUAAGAAAAAACCACACGUUUAUACGUCUUUAUUAAUGCAUUUUAUUGAAGAACGUCGGCAAGCAAUGAUACAACGAGCUGUUCGAAUACGUCAGCAUAAACUGAAGACUUUUUUCGACCAAGCUCCG